CCCAAGGGUGAUGCGUUCAUCGUCCGUCAGUGAUGUGUGUGUAGAGUCCCAAUCGCAACCACACAGCGGACAAUCGAUCGAUCGAUCAAUCCACACGCCGCCGGACAUGUCCAAACAACACCCCAACACAAACAGAGCGUCACGCUCAAGGGAAGGCAGUCAGUCCACACACACACACACACACACACACACAGCCGUUACGAUCGAUCACAGCCAGGCAGCCAGGCAGGCAGGCAGGCAUGAGGUGGAGUGAUGCACGCACAUGCAGGCGAAAAGGUGCGAGAGAGUGCGAGGGUGUGUGAGUGUGCAGGCAGGAAAGGAGAGAGAGAGAGAGAGAUACGAUCGAUGUGGAUGGAUGGCGAGCAGCAAUUACUUCCCCUCCUGUGUGUUGGUGUGUGUGUGUGCCCUUGCCCAUUCACGCAUGCAAUGUGUACACCCCACCACCGCCACACACCACAGCACACCACACCCAGCCGCCCAAUCGCCCGGAGACGGAAGCCCGACAAGAUGCCUCACGUCACGCGGGCGAGUGAAGCGCUUUAAAACCCCCUGGACAUACCACCCCCGAAAAAGUCACAACCAGAUCAGGCCACGCAGACGGAACUCAUGUUUGCCAAAGAGGCAUGCACCAGCCCGCUCUGCCUGGCCGCCUGACUGUGUGGCAGCUUGCGACAACACAAAAUAGAAGAGAACGAACGCCUUGACUUAGGCCUGAAAACCAACACGCACGCACACAGACGGAGAGAGGACAUCCAUCCAUCCAUCCAUAUGAGAGGGAGAGAGGCCGUGUGUGUGUGUGCUCACCGUGCUGGAAGGAACAAUAGGGUUGUUGGAUCGAUCAUCGGCCGCGAGGCCCGCCCCGGGCCCCCCGCAUUCCUCCUCUGUCCGCCCCUGCACCCCGGCCACGUCUGCCGGCAUCGCCACGGCCAGCAGGCGGGCCGCCACCACGCCACCCACCACGCCCGCCGCCACGGUGGCCCGGCGAGUGGCUUGCCGGACUUCCCUCCCCUCCCCGGCCCCUCCCCGACGGCAAACCGCGCCCCUUCUCCCGAUCGAAGUCGCGCCACGUCAGUCGACCGAAUGGCGAGAGUACCGCCGCAUACGGCGACGACGGCCCGGUCGGCUUGCCCUCAGCCCCCCGCUGAUGAUACGGGGUCUGGCCCUUGCUGCGGGCCUCGAGGCGCAGGAAGGCCUCGGCGGUGGUGAUGGAGUCCAUCUUGAUGAAUACGAAGGUGGGCGGCGAGAAGUGGGGGUUUGGGUUGGCCAUGCGGCUGGCUGCGGGGCGCUCGAUCUCCAACACCUUGCCGUUGGGGAUGUGGUACUUGAUGGCUUCGUUGAGUCGCUUCAGAAGUUUGUCGCAGUCCUUCUCGCUCAGCGUGUCGAUGUCGUCGGGCGUGUCCGAGCAGAAGAGCCACUGGGAGGGCUCAAUGGACCCCUGCAGCACCAUAGGGGCCGCUCCGAUGCCGGCACCGUUGCGGAACACCUGCUGCGGCCGCUCGCGACCGUGGCCGUGGCCGUGGGGAUGGCCCCCCGCCCCUCCCCCUCCCCCCUGAUGGCCGGAUCCAGCACCAUUCUGAAGGACAAACAGGCAGAGAAAGGUCAUGAGAUAGAUAGAUGGUGGGGCUUGUGGGGGUCGGUCUGUGCGUGUUGUGUGUCACCUGGGCUGGCUGUGCCUGGUGCUGGGGGCGUGGGUGUCGGGCCCGCGCCAUCGAAACGCCUGGAAAGACAACAAGAACCGACAGACAGCCACGGUGGUCACGCGGGCAAGUGGAUGUGAGUCCCCCGCCCCCCUCUGUCGCGCAAUUGUGUGUCGCCUUACUUUCUUGGAGAGUUGGACCGGUGUUGUUGAGUGUGACCAGCGGGGCCGUGGCGACAACGGCACCCCCUGCACCUGACGACACAUAUAGUCACGCACAUGUCAUGCACGGCCAUGGAUGCGUCCUUGCUCUUUCCCUCUCUCCCUGCCCGCCUGCCUGCCUGCUUGCCUGCCUGGCUGGCUGGCUGGCUGGCCGUGCCUCCCACCUUCCCGCUUACGUGGCUGAACGACGACGGGCGGGCGGCCCACAACAACACCGACCUGGUUGGCUCCAGCAGCCUCGUCAGCCCCGUUAGUCGCAUCCUGGCCCUCGCCUCCAUCGCCAUCCGCCGCCCCGUUCUCCUCCCCCUCAAACUCCCCGUCCUCGUCUGUCUCAUCCUCAUCCUCGUCAUGCACCUCUUCGUCAUUGUUGUCGGCGGGCGCCUCGGGGACCUCAGGCACCGGGGCAGCAGGGGUGGCCAUGUCAGCCACCUGCUGCACAGGAUCGCCCGCCGGCUGCUGGUGCGGGUCAGCAACUACUUGGCCAUCGUGGCCUCCCUCCUGAGGGGCGGGCUGCUGUGGCUGCUGUGGCUGCUGUUGUGCCUGCUGCUGCUCGGGCUGCUGCUGUGGCUGCUGUGGCUGCUGCUGCUGCUCGGGCGAUGGCGCGUUGUUGCCGCCACUCCCCCCGCUGCCGCCACUGCCGUUGCUGCCGUCUGAGGAGAGGGGCUCGAGAGGCGAGGACAUGUUGCUGCUCCCGUUGGUGUUCUGCUGGCCGACCGACGUGGAGCGGAUGCUGGUAGGGCCCAGGGGGAAACGAGGGCCGAAUGCAUGGCCGCCAUAGUUGGGUGGGGCAAGGCCGCCCGCGGGCAAGGCCGGGUGCAUGCCCCUAUCGCGGAACUCCCCAGUGUCCUUGCUGACGAGAAUGACGCAGCCCCCGUCCUCGACCGUGGGGACAAAUGCCAACACAAACACGCGCUUGGCGGCCCAGAGGUGCCCGCUCAGCUGCAGGUGCAUGCCCUCGACGCUCAGGCACCAUCUGCCGGCCUCCCGGAAGACCGCCAACUGGAGGCCGUACAUGCGGGAGUGCUUGAAGCGCGUCUCGUAGGCCUCGUAGACGCGGCGGAUGUCAGCUAUGCCGCGGGCCUCGUGCACCUCGCCACCGACGUCGGUCAAACGCAUCUCAGAACCUGUUGGCAACAGACAGACAACACACAGACAACACAACACGGAAUGGUGGGCCGAUGCAUCCCGCAGAGGCAGUCUCGCAGCUGUGCCGCUCACCAGGGUGGUAGAAGAUCUCUGCGCAGGUCUCUGGCGCCUCGGACAUGGUCUCCAGGAAGUGAGUAAUCCAGGAGGCGAUCAGGUUUUCGUACGUCAAGGCCAUGGCGCCCUCAACAACGCGAUAGAGGUCUCAGACCUCUCCCUGCUGCUCCCGGGCAGAGGGGCGGGAAGACGACAAGGAAUCCCUCUAUUCUGUGGCUGUGCACACACAGGGCAGGCCAACAGACAGGAAUGCGCACAGGAACUUGCUCCCGAGGGCGUGAAAGGUGACGUGGCGUGGCAUCAUACCCGAACCAAAAAUGAAAGAGAAAGACGACAGCCUAACUGUCCUCAGGACGGCCAACGUGAUGAUGAGCCAAAGGAAGGGCGCAGGGGAGCCAUCAG